AUGGCUCAGCAUUGCCGAAUCUACGCAGCUCUAUCACCGAUGAUCUCCGAGAAUGAUACUGUAGUCUUGUCCGAUUCUGACUAUCUACCGUUUCAUCUGGAGCAGCAUUGGGAUGAUGGUGUCGAUCUCUUCCUGUACAAUCCGCUAUGCUGCGGCCAUGAGAAAAUAGUCAGCGUAUUACGGGAGAUUUUAGCCCCCUGCAACGUGAAAUAUGAAGAUGUCGUCUCGAUGGAACUGGAUAUUUAUAAGAAUUUCGCUAAAGAUAUUAAGGAAGCUUCUUACCAAAACGCGAACGGCCAAGAUCGCGCCAUCCGAAUCGGCGAGUGGAACAGGGUCGGAAAUCGUCUGGAUCGAAUGAAGAUUUUGCAACUUGAUGCGAAAGCAAAUAUAUCUGAAGAGUACGUCGACGCUCACAUCUUUCGCCCAUUC